GCAGUCUUGGAGUUGUCCUUAAACAAGGGAAUUGCUGGGCAAAACUUCCCUAAGGAAUUGACAAAAAAAAAUAACGCUUCUGCCAUUGCAAAUUGUGCAACUAUUCACUAUGAUGAGGUGGUUGGAUCAUUCAAGAGUGCCUUGGCUGAGUUGAAAGAAGAUCCUGAUACUGCUAACUAUGAUGCAAAAGUGGCUGGUGAUGGAGCUGUAAGCUGUCAGCAAGCCUUGGAUGAUGCACAUAUUGUUAAUCCUGAUAUUAAUGCUCUUAAUAACCAAAUAUCAUUGCUUAACCAUAUUUCAUUCCUCGCCACAAAUCAUCUUUGA